AUGCUUUUUGAAGCAACAUUGGAGGUGUUUGAAGAAGCUUCCCUUCGGGCUCAGAAGACUCUAACAUCUUUGAAGGAGUUGAUGCACAAAAUAAACUCGUGUAGCGAAAGGAUUCUGCAGGGGUUUUCUUCUGCUGAAGAGAGCUCCGAGAUCAAGAAGCAUCUAAUGGAGGUGUGUGAUUCUGAAGACGCGAUGGAAAGAGAACUAAAGGACCUUACUGCAUUUCUCGAAAUCCAGAAUGAGGAAAUAGAGAGAGACGUAGCAUGUUUCAAAGAGAUGGUGUCCAAGGCUGGAAUAAGAAGUAAGCUAGAGAACAUUUCUUAUUUAAUAAAUAAGAAAAUGUACCUGGAGGAAGAAAAAAACCAGAACAGGCAAUGA